AUGACAGCAAUAAACAUUCGACAAAAAAAUGCUGACGACAGCAAUUAUGAAUCGGAAUGGAUGACGACCGAUAAAUCAAACAAACAUCUAUUAAUUUUGUACCUCUAUCAAACAGGCUGUGCGGCAAUCAGAAUUAUUUUCUCUAGUCUAUCAGUGCACGUACACCAACUAUACUGCUUCCACUAUACGGCAUGCAGCGAAGAUCUACCCAAGACAUUCGGGUGGGACUUCUUCUCGCUUGAGGAAGAGUUCCAACGACAGGGAGUGCCUAAUAAGCAGUGGAUCAAAAGCGACAUUAAUUCAAACUAUCAGAUUUGUAACACGUACUCAGCUCUCCUUUGGGUACCUGCGGGUGCCUCGGAGCAACAGCUAAUUGAGUGUUCACGGUUUCGAUCGAAGGGUCGUUUACCAGUUUUGACCUAUUACCACAAAGUCAAUGGAGCAGCUAUUUCCAGGUGCUCCCAACCGCUGUCAGGAUUCUCCGGUAAGCGAAGUCCGGAAGACGAGCAGGUGUUUGAUUGUAUUCUCAAGGCCAACACGAACCCAAACAGCCACUUCCUAUAUAUCGUCGAUACUCGGCCAAAGGUGAACGCAUUCGCACAACGGAUGGCAGGAAAGGGAUUUGAAAGUGCGGUGUUUUACGAGAAAGCCAAGUUUCAGUUUUUCGGAAUCGAGAACAUUCACGUGAUGCGAGCUUCAUUGCAGAAGCUCCUUGAAGCCGCUGAGAUGAGGACCCCAAACCAUGGGGCGUUCCUUGCUAUGCUUGAAAGCUCAGGCUGGCUCAAGCACAUUCGAGCAGUACUGGAAACUGCUUAUUUUGUUGCAAGACAAAUCGACUAUGGUAUUAGUGUGGUGGUCCACUGUUCGGAUGGUUGGGAUCGAACGGCACAGACUUGCGCUUUAGCCUCGCUACUUCUAGAUCCGUUCUACCGUACUUUUAAGGGUUUCCAAGUACUCAUAGAGAAAGACUGGCUUUCAUUCGGUCACAAGUUCAUGGACCGAUGCGGCUUCAUUCAAGGAGAUCCAAAAGAGGUGGCGCCAAUUUUCACCCAAUUUGUGGAAGGUGCCUGGCAGCUUACUCAGCAGUUUCCGUCAUCAUUUGAAUUCAAUGAGCGUUUUCUUAUUACGCUACACGAUCACGUCUAUUCAGCGCAAUUUGGGACAUAUAUUGGUAAUUGCGAACGCGAUCGGCGCGACUUGAAUGUUGCCCAGACCACCUACUCGUUGUGGGGUUAUUUGGCCAAUAAUGCAGACGCGUACCGCAAUCCACUAUAUCAACCUGAGCUAGACGGCGGCGGACUCUUGGAGCCCUGCUUGAAUCCGCAGGCAAUUCGUUAUUGGCGGGGCAUGUAUAACCGUUUCGAGUUAGGAGUGCAUCCCCGGGAGCAGACAGGGGAUUUGCUCGCCGCAUUAAAAGAUCACUCGACCAGUAUGCGUGACCACGCUGAUUACCUUCGGCAGCAAAUUGACGCACUAAAAUUGGAGCUUGGUAACUCUCGACUGGGUUCUUAUGACCUUACGUUGGAAAAGAGCACAGAAAACGCUCAGUCGGUGAAAGCAACUCAGGAAGAGACUUCGUAUAAAGCAGCGGCUGGCAACGACGGCAAAGAAAUUGACAACAAGAACCAAGAGGAGAUAAUCAGCUACGCGAACCUCUCACAUCCGCUUGCCGUUCUCGAUGAGCACAGUAACACUGCCUACUGCAAUAAUGUGAAUAAUCUUAAUGACUGUGAUAGCAGUAGUGGGUGGAGGAGCAGCAGCGGCGUAAUGGUAGGAAGUAAUACCGAGCCAAGAGUGCCGGCAAUAGAGACCGCUGAACGACAGCAAAGGCAUUGCCAACAAGAGCAGCAGGAACAACAUCAGCAGCGCAUAGGGUCGAUAGCCCUUGAAUGGGCUUCACUUAGGAAGUCUGUGAAUUGUUCAUGCACUUUGCCGGUCGAUUCAGCCUUAAGGAAGUUCCAUUGUUGGAGUUGCGGAGGCGUAUUUUGCGGGCGGUGUUUGGACCGGCAGCUUGCCUUGCCUGGUCACCUAAGCGGGCGGAGUGUCACCGUCUGUCGAUGCUGCUUUAAGUCGCUUACUAAAUCCAACUCGAUGGAAUACGAUAACAAUACGUAACACGUAUUAUUUACUGAUAGCCAAAGAACAUCUUGAUAUUGUUUUGUGUCGCCACUGACGGCCAUUCCUGGGCGGUAAUGGUAAUUGUAAGUGUCGGCCCUUGACCAUUUAUAGGUGUGGGACAUUUUAUGCUGACUGUUAUCAUUGAACAUCGAUUCUUCCUAAACCUAAGAAAACGUCAAAUAAUAUACUGAAUUUCUAGUAAUGAUAUAAGCCCAACCUCGAUAAAUGAACGAAGGGGCCCCUAUUAGCUGCGGUUGGACUUCGCUUAUUGCCUCAAAGAUUUACUAUAAUGUUAAUUAAUAUAUACAGAAGUCAGCUUCUACCGAAGAAACAAUUCACGCGAAGCAGUCAACAAAAGACACUGUCAGCCGAAAAAGAACGGGUGAUGGGAACGAGCAUAAACCUGAAUCAUAAGGACAAGCGUCUGCAAAAAAUCAUGCUUUCUUUUUAAUCUUGAACCUUUGGGAAACUUUUCCCCAUUUAAAUCUAUAGACAAAAAAAUAUCUUCGACUAUACUUCCUUGAACAAAGUAUGUUCUUUUGUCCCGCUUAAAAACAUACUUACCACAGAUCAAAUGCGGGAUCAAGUGCAAAAGGAUCGCACACUUUAAAUUGAGUAGUCUCGAGUAAUACUGUUUUUUUAAUUUUCUUUAAUUUUCUAAGUAACUUCUUCAAACCUUUUCCUAUUCCACAUUCGAUUACAAACAUAAGUAAUAUUCAUGUUCUUCUAAUUUCCAUGCAUCACACCGUGAUCUUCUAAAAUACAAAGCCAACCAUGCACUUACUCUGUGCAGACGCUAAAAAAUCAAGUGGAUACGGUAAUACCAUGAAAGGCUGAGCACGGAAAGUUGAAACUUCAAUACCUAAAAUUUGCUGGCGCAUAUUCUGAGGAAUAGCAGAACAAAGUGGAUGAAUGAUGCAUUUUGUUCAAACAAAUUAUAUAAAAUAAGUCAAAUAAGCUUUUUUAUUCGUUUUGCCCAGCCUUAAAUAGAUACCUCAGGACAGCUCACUAGUGGAUGCCAUGAACGAAAUGGGCAGGAGUUAAAAGAAACAACUCAAGCGGUACUUUUUUUUGCUCCUAGGCUAUACAAUGCAAGGGUAAGAUAAAUGACUUCUACAUCUCCUUUAGCGAGAAUCGCAAUCUUUUGCAUCAAUUUAUGGCAAGAAACAAAUUUAUAAAACGCGUUAUAGUGGCAAAGGAAAGCACGAGAGCAAGGCGCGAUAUAAGAGCAUGUUGUUGUAUACAUCAUUCUAAUAAUAGCGUCGAUUGACGGUUGGCUCAUCAGCCAGAACAGAAAGACAUCACAACAGAAGGAAAAGAUGCAACAAGAACAGCACGCUCUCGAACUAUAGUACUAUAAACAGUAGCGCAGUUCAAUAGUCUCCAGGGGGUCGCUUUUUAUAUAUAUAUAUAUAUAUAUUGUGGUUAUUCUGUGUGAUAAAGCGUUUAGCACAAGUAAAGGUAUUAAGAAGGAUAUAACAGAGGUGAAUAAAAAAGAGAACACGCUAAAAAAAUCAUUUUAUAUAUAAAUCGGCGAUAAUUAAAAACGCUUCUGAAAUUUAGUUUCCCUUUUUAAAAUUAAAAUUAUACCUCAUAAUUGCACUAAUGGCAUACUGUAUAGGAACAAACGCCUGGCAGUACGAAGACAAAAAGGCACCAUGUUGUGAACAUCCGGCGACUAAUCAUUAUUAAUGGUUAAAUAAAUAUGGGUAUAAUUGUUACAAACGA